GCUUCCGACAACACGGAAGUUGUGACGUUGCACUAGUGAAUGGAUGAACCGAAACUCUCAUACUGGCGUGUUGACACUGAGUCUUUGCAAAACUUUAUACGGAUCGAACUCUGAUUUAUAAAGUUUACAGAUCAUACAAUGGCCAGUACAACCGUGGACCCGACAACACUGUGUCUGUUUGAUGUAGACGGGACUUUAACAGCAGCUCGCCAGAAAGCUACUCCUGACAUGCAUCAGUUCUUGGCUGAACUGAGAAAGCGUGUAAGAGUCGGGGUGGUUGGAGGAUCAGAUUUGGACAAAAUCAAAGAGCAGUUGGGUGAUGAUGUGAUUGAUAGAGUGGAUUAUGUGUUUGCUGAGAAUGGUUUGGUAGCAUACAGGUUUGGGCAGCUACACUCUGUGCAGAGUAUUCAAGCAUACCUGGGAGAAGACAUUUUACAGGAGUUCAUCAAUUUCUGCCUCAAUUACCUUUCAAAGGUAAAACUACCCAAGAAGAGAGGCACAUUUAUUGAAUUCCGCAAUGGAAUGCUGAACGUCUCCCCAAUUGGUCGUAGCUGUAGCCAACAGGAAAGAAUCGAAUUCUUCGAACUUGAUAAGAAGGAGAAAAUCAGAGAAAAGUUUGUCUCUGUUUUAAAAGAAGAGUUUGCUGGGAAAGGACUAGCUUUCUCCAUUGGUGGGCAGAUCAGCUUUGAUGUGUUUCCAGAGGGCUGGGAUAAGCGCUACUGUCUGGGAAUUGUGGAGAAAGACUCAUACCAAAGCAUCCAUUUCUUUGGAGACAAAACAAUGCCUGGAGGAAACGAUUAUGAAAUCUUUGCAGACCCCAGGACAAUCGGUCAUGAGGUCAAGUCCCCCGAGGACACACAACGGAUCUGCAAGGAGCUCUUCUUCAGCUGAGACCCUAAGCAUGACCUCUGCCAUCCAGAAUGAAGACUACAUCCAAGAACUGUGAAACUAUGAACGAAAGUCUCAUUUGACAAGCCCAUGCCAUUAUUGUCUUUGUGAUCGUACAUCAUAACAGGUUCUGGAUAAACCUGUACAUACAGUACAUGUGUAUAUGUUUAUUUUAAAUGUAAUAUGAUAAAAAAAUUUUAGGUUUAAAAAACUGAUUGGUGCUAGUGUCAUGCCUGAACUUCUGUGCCUUCAAUCAUGUCAAUACUGGACAACAUAUAUUAUAAACUUACAAUUAUUAAACAUUCUGGUCCAAAAGAAAACAGAUAUCACUCAAUAAGACAAGAAGUACAGGUGGAUUUCAUAAAAUGUUACAUGUUGUGUUAAGGAUUAAUUUUUUUGUUUGUUUUUUUUAAAUCAGAAGCAAAUGUCAUUAAUGCAGACAGGUGUGGGCUUGACUAAAAUUAGGGGUGAAGGUGUAACAAUUUAGGUCUAAUUUUCAUUAGAGGGAAAAAAAAAGACAUCAGGUCAAAGGGACUAAAGGCUCUGUUAAUUUUUUGCUCAAAUUAAACUGAUUUACUAGUUAACUGCUGAAGUGAAAUAAGUGAAUGCAACAGUGUAGCUUAACUGUUUAAAGUGGCUUAAAUUUCCAAAAUUUCUGUCAUUAAUUACUCACCCUCAUGUCAUUCCACACCCGUAAGACCUUCGUUCAUCUUCAGAACACAAAUUAUGAUAUUUUUGAUAAAAUCCUAGAGCUGUCUGACUCGUCCAUAGACAGCAAUAUAAUCAACACUUUCAAGGUCCAGAAAGGUACUAAAGACAUCGUUAAAUCAGUCGACGUGACUGCAGUGGUUCAACCUUUAAUGUUAUGAAGCUACAAGAAUACUGUUUUUUUAGUAUAAUACAAAAUUCAUCCUGUGAAAACCAUUUUGAAAUUGGACGUUGCAUUACCAUGGAAAUGGUACUCUAAUUUCUUUUAGUGGGCUCCUCCCCUAGUGGGCAGUGUCAGAUUUCAUAUUACAAAUAUUACUUUAUAUUUAAAAGUUUUUUCUAAUCUUGACAAAAUGCAUAUCGUCGGAAAGGUCUGUGUCUCAAGGUUCCAUAUUUGGUGAUUGUUUUGUGAUAGAAUUGAUAUUUGGAUAGAUAUUUAUAAAUUUGUUACAGGAGUGCAUCAAAAAAAUUUCAAUGGAAUGUGGGUGACACCUGGUGGAUAUUUUUGGUACAGCACCUAAAGAAAAUCUCAUGGGAACUUCAAUUUUUGCAAUAUCAACUUCAAAUUUGGAGCACAGAUUGUUUAGACAUAUGGCUUUUUUGUAAACAAUUUUAGAAUAAAAAAAUAUUUGAUAAAAUAUA